AAGAGGGCGGAAACUGCCACCCCUGCGGUCCUCCUGAUAGGCUCAGCUGGCCCCUGCGGUCUGCCCAUGGCAGUGGGUCCUGCACUGCCUCACUUCCCUAAAUGAACAAUUUCACUUUUAAGAGCCCAGCUCCUGGUCUGCCUGGCUCAGUGACAUGUCCUGCGUUGGCCUGUGCUCCGGCCUUAGAUCCCCGGAGGGCUCUGGCCCCUCCUGGCUGGGUCUGUGAUCACUCCGACUGGAUGGGGCCAUGGCCCCCGUGGUGCUGCUGCUGCUGCUGCUGUUGCUGUGGCCACAGGGUUGCGUCUCAGGUCCGCCGGCCGACGUGUACACCAAAGUGCAGCACCGGGAGGGGGAGACGCUGUCCGUGCAGUGCUCCUACAAGGGACGCAAAAACCGCGUGGAUGGCAAGGUCUGGUGCAAAAUCAGGAGGAAGAAAUGCGAGCCUGGGUUCACCCGGCUCUGGGUGAAGGGGCCCCGCUACUUGCUACAAGAUGACACCCGGGCCAGGGUGGUCAACAUCACCAUGCAUGCCCUCAAGCAACAGGACUCGGGAAGAUACUGGUGCAUGCGUAACAGCUCUGGGAUGCUGUACCCCAUGAUGGGAAUCCAGCUGGAGGUGUCCCCAGCCUCUGCCACGGAGAGGAGCAUCCCGCUGACACACCUGGACCAUGUCCUCCAGAGCAGCGAUGAUGUCCCGAUAACUCAAGCCCCCACAUCAGACCCCAGGGCCUUCCUCACCUCCGGCGUGACAGUGUUCACUUUGGGACGGCUCACCAUGACCGGACUCCCACCCUCCUCUGCGGCCCAGACCACGAGGUCCAGUUCGGAGACAGGCCAUGGCUCCACCGAUGGCAGCAUCACCACCAUGGGGCCUUGGAGGGCCACGGGGUCACAGACAGUGAUGACCACAGCUCCCAGCAGUACUAGGGAGCAGUACUCCCCUGCCAGCCCAGCCCCGCUGCCCACCAAGCCCAGGCGCCUCAGCACCAGUUUGCCCACCACAGUAAAGUGUCAAAACAGACUGCCUUCCCUCAGGCAACAGGAUCUUCAUGUCACAGUGCUCGUGGUAGCCCUGACCUUCCUCCCAGCACCCAUGAUGUUGAUGGUGGUCUACGGGUUUUGGAAGAAGAGACACAUGGGAAGCUACAGCAUGUGUCGCAACCCUGCCAGGCCCUGGAGGGCCCCAUCCAGAAGACCAGAGCUCCUGCAGAAGCUAGCUUGGCUUGAGACCACAUAACUGCAGUGGGAGCUCCUCUGGGAGGGGUCCCAAGAGGCCGGGGGUGAGGGGAAAUGUGAAGAAUGGCUGAGGUUGGAAGAACUCUGCAGGUGCUCUUGGACACCUUGUUUGCUCCCUAUCCCCCGCCCUUCCAAGCCUUCUCCAGGGCUGCCGGGAGGGCCCAGCAACAGGCAACCCUCAGGGGGUCCUGCAGGACGUAUCCCAGGGGUGCUGUGUGCUGCUCUAGCUGCUGGGCUCUGGGCUGAGGGCAGUGGAGCCCCCAAGAAUGCUGCUGACUGACAGAGAAUGGCUCUCCUGAUGUUCCAUCCAAGGCGAGAACGGGGCACAGCCAGAGCUGCCCUCUGCCCACCUGGAACCGUGAAGCCCUCAGCUUCCCCGCAUGGCAUGCCUUCAGAGGAAGGAAGAGGGACUCAUGAGCCCCAGUGGCAGGAGUGUCCCCAGACCCUGUUGUGGAAGAGGAGAGGGACAGUGACUUGGAGCUGGGUCCAUAGCGGGUAGGCACCUGUCAGUCUGGGUGUCCUGGAUGCCUUCUGCCCUGACUAAGGCUGCUGAUCCCCCAUGCCCAGGGAGCCUUCAGGGCACACCUUUCCACAGCUGCCGCCUGCUAUGUGUGUCCCUCCCCUGUGAUGUGCCCCUUCUCAGACUGGGGGAUCUCUCUCCCAAGCCAUGCACCUGAGGUCACACAUCCAAGUUCCUGGAGGGAACUUCUAGCUGAGUCCACACUCCAGGGUUUCUGGAGACCCUGGCCCUGGAAUGAGAGGGAUCACCCCACAGA